AUGUCCAGCCCGGCUAAGAAGCGCAAGCGAAAUGGCGUCGACGGUUCGCCGCAGAAGACGCGUAGUAUUGAGUCGUUCUUCAGAGGACAAGCAGCCCGACAGCCUGAGCCUCAGCUUCAACCACAGUCAGAGGUAACAGAACAGACCCUCUCGGACGAAGCUUUAGCGCGCAAGCUCCAGGCCGAGUGGGACCAAGAAGGAAGUUCCGGUGGCUCGUCUUCGACCAAAAACCAACCCGUACCGACAGAACGUGAGACAGCUACAUCUUCGUGUACACCUUCGAUUCCAGCGGAUGCGACACCACCAGCACCAGUAACACCAGCAACGCCGACGAAGAAUACUUUGUCACUACAGUCGUCAGCGGGUACCGAGGACUCGAUAUCUCUUACGGUACCCUUCGACCAGAAUCCGCAAACUUUCGAUGCGUCUACGUAUGCCACCGAAUUGCGGUCACAGUGGGCCAGCGGAGGCGGCGAUGCUUCAUACGCCCUGCUGACAAGAGCCUUUGUUCUGGCGAAUUCGACGACAAGCCGCAUAAAGACAGUCGAUACGCUGGUGAACUUUCUGCGCGUCUUAAUCGAAGGGGAUCCAUCCAGCCUCUUGCCUGCCGUUUGGCUGGCUACCAACUCGAUUUCGCCGCCAUUCGAUGAAGUAGAGCUGGGGCUGGGCGGCUCUUCUAUUUCGAAAGCUUUGAAGAAAGUAUACGGUCUUGAUAGCCAAAGUCUCAAGACGCUCUAUGAUAAACAUGGUGAUGCUGGAGACGUCGCUUUUGAGGCCAAGAAAAGACAGACCUUCACUCUGGUCAAACCAAAGCCAUUGAGGAUCAAAGGCGUGUAUCAGUCGCUACUCAAGAUUGCUAUGAGCAAGGGGUCUGGUAGCCAGGAAACAAAGCAACGGAUUGUGGACAAGUUAUUGCAAGAUACACGCGGUGCGGAAGAAAGCCGGUAUAUUGUCCGCACUCUCGUUCAGAACCUUCGUAUCGGUGCUGUCAAGACAACUAUGCUCAUUGCACUGGCACGGGCGUUUCUCUACUCGAAGCCGACUGGGGCUGUAUAUGAGAUUCGAUCACAGCAGGAGCUUACUCGAUUGAAAAAGGAGGAGCUGGCUGAGAUCUACAAUAAUGCGGAAGAAAUCGUCAAGGCAUCAUAUGCCCGUCACCCCGACUAUAAUGAUCUUGUGCCGUGUCUAAUGGAGAUUGGAGUGACAGAAGAACUUCUUGUCCGAUGUGGGCUGGCAUUACACAUUCCAUUGCGGCCCAUGCUUGGCAGUAUCACACGCGAUCUUGGCGAUAUGUUAACGAAGCUUCAAGGAAGAGAUUUCAGCUGUGAAUACAAGUACGACGGACAGCGUGCUCAGGUUCAUUGUGAUGGCAAGGGGAAGGUUUCUAUCUUCUCUCGUCACCUCGAGCUCAUGACAGAGAAAUACCCCGAUUUGGUCUCGAUUGUUCCUCAAAUUCGCGGAGACGGUGUGUCCAGUUUUAUCUUAGAGGGAGAAGUUGUGGCUGUGGAUCAAAAGACCGGGGAUCUGCAACCCUUCCAAACCCUUACCAACCGGGCAAAAAAGAACGUCGAGAUCGGUUCAAUCACCGUCAACGUGUGUCUGUUUGCUUUCGACUUGAUGUAUCUCAACGGGGAAUCUCUAUUGGAUAGGCCUUUCCGCGAGCGUCGUGAACUGCUCCGAAGCCUCUUUCUCGAAAUUCACAAUCGCUUCACUUGGGUCAAAAGUAUCGACGCAACAUCUGCCGACUCGGAAAUCGUGCUGGAAUUCUUCAAAGGCGCCACCGACGCGAAGUGUGAGGGUAUAAUGGUGAAGGCUCUCGACAAUACGAUCAAAGAAAACGGGAAAGCAGAAUCUGCCCAGAUCAUCAACGAUGCAACGACCAUCUCGGAAAACAUAGGCCAAUCAAAUGAACUAUCAGAAACUGCCCCCGCACAGUCCAUCAAAGAAAAGGGCACACGACGCAAAGCUCUCCUCUCCACUUACGAGCCCGACAAACGGCUCGAGUCCUGGCUUAAGGUCAAAAAAGAUUACAGCACAUCGUCGGAGACGCUCGAUCUCAUUCCCGUGGCUGGAUGGCACGGUCAAGGCCGCAAGGCCAAAUGGUGGUCUCCAAUUCUCCUCGCGGUACGAAACCCCGAGUCCGGCGUUUUGGAAGCUGUCACAAAAUGCAUGUCCGGCUUCACGGACAAAUUCUAUCAAUCCAACAAAGACAAAUACGCUGAAAGGAGCCCGAACGUCAUCUCAAGACCUAGUUGGGUGGAUUAUAACGGCGAGCCGGAUGUUUGGUUCGAGCCACAGGAGGUCUGGGAGAUGGCAUUUGCAGAUAUUACACUCAGCCCGACGUACCCGGCUGCCAUUGGGUUAGUGAGUGAGGAGAGGGGUCUGAGCCUCCGAUUCCCUCGGUUUCUCAAGGUUCGAGAAGAUAAGUCGAUCGAAGAAGCCACGACAUCCGAUUAUCUGGCAUCAUUAUGGAGAAAGCAAGCCGAGCGGACAAAAGAAAAUGAUAGUCACUUAUAUGAGCAGCAGGAGGGGCUGGGUUUUCAAUAA